AUGAUAUCCUUUGCUGAAUUAGUCGGAAACUCCACAGUGGUGCUUUUGGAUGGCGGCCUUGGAACCACACUCGAGGACUACGUGGGCCUCGAAAUAUCUCAAUCACCGCUCUGGUCUGCGCAACCUAUUGCUUCUGCGAGUGAAGAGAUAAUGAAGGCCCAUCUACUGUUUCUGCGUGCUGGGGCUAAAAUUCUGUCAACGUCAACAUACCAGUGCUCUGUAGAGACAUUUCAGGCCGCAGGAUUUGAUUCAGAGCUGGCAAAGUCGCUUAUGCUUAAGUCUGUUCUCAUCGCUACAAAAGCAAGGGAAAUUUUUGAAGCAGAAUCCAUACAAGCAGGCUUCCCACUUCAGAAUCCAACUAUCAUUGCACUAUCUCUAGGGCCUUUUGGCGCUAUCCUAAAGCCAACACAGGAGUUCCGCGGGUUCUACCCACCACCGUACGGUCCUUUGGAAUACAGUGAUGAUCAUAUAAAUCACAAUUCAUUCAAAGAGAACGAAUCGAAACAAGAGGCUGAUGCGAUAGAUGCGCUGACGCAAUUUCAUUAUGAACGUCUCUUGGUAUAUGCAUCCUCUGUUAAUACGUGGAAGAGCAUAGACUGCAUUGCUUUCGAAACCGUCCCACUCAAGCGCGAGGUAAUCGCAAUUCGCCACGCCAUCCAACUGCUGCAUACUUGGAUUGUAAAAAGAGGAGGUGAAAUGAAACCCUGGUGGAUCAGUUGUGUCUUCCCCGACGGGAACUCACCAGCAGAACUUCUCCCUGAUGGUCCCAAGAUUUCGAUCGAUGGAAUGCUCGACGCCGCUUUUUCCGAAAUGGGAGAGAGCAACGGGCGGCUACCUACACCCUCUGGCUUUGGCAUAAACUGCACGAAACCGGAAUAUCUACCUGCUCUGGCUGCAUCUACAGUCGGCUACUUCAAAGCACAUUUGGAUAAAUUGAUUUCCAAACCAUGGCUUAUUAUCUAUCCCAACGGUAACGAUGUAUAUGACGAAGAAACACGAUCCUGGGUAGGCAAAUCUCAAGGAUCUCACAUAAACUGGGCGAAUGAAGUUGGUAAUCUUGUUAUGGAACUUCCCACUGGCAACAAUGUUAUAGGCGGCGUGGUAGUGGGAGGAUGUUGUAAGACAGGUCCAGAGCAUAUAUCUUCUUUGCGGUCAAAACUUCAAUGUUUCCCAGUGCACCUUUAA